AUGGGUUGCUGUGUCAGCACAAACAAGGCUCAAGGGAAACAGGCUAAGGUCUCUAACUUAAAAGAUGCAGCAAGGGAUGGCGGAUCUCAUCCUGUUCUACGUCCAUUUGAAGAGGAGACUGUGAAGGAAGUGCUCUCGGAGACUCCAACCUCAAAACAAUCUUUCUGCAAUGUGGAAGCCCAGAAGAUCCCUAAGCCCUCUUUCCCCAAGAUCGAAAAGGAAAAGGAAAAGCCUUCUCCACCACCAACUCCUCCUCUAGAUCAUUCCUCUUUCACCAAGAAGAUUGAAGAAGGAGCUAAUAAUAUCGAGAGAAGAACAACUCUGCCUCCUGAUCCAUCUCCAACAGUAGAUGAGAUUUCUGAAAUGUCGGACAUGUGUAGCUUGAGUGAGACCCUGUCCACCACAACAAUUGGGGAUGGUGAGGUCCGGCAGAGAGUAGACAGAUCUCCAGCAAAGGCCCUCAGGAAGCUUCCUGGAAGCGGGGAAUUACCCGGGAGGAUGGAAAGGGGAGGGAAGUCUUCUCCGGCGAGAAGGAUGGACCAAUCGCCGGGCCGGAGAAUUGACAACAAUGGCAUGAAACCAUCUCAGAUUCAUCAGAGCACAAAGGACAUGAGUGGCAGUGGUGGUGGUGGAGAUGGUUAUACGAGAAAUCGACGGAUCCCAGGGAGCGGCCGUGGUAUGAGACGAGAUCUGGGGGAGAGUUCUGGAAGAAGGUCCAGGUCUCCGGCGACAGGACCCGCUUUGGGGCGGAGCCCAUCGUGGAGAGCCGUGAGGUCCCCUAGUCAGAUCACUGCUUUGGAUCAGGACAACGGACGGAGACCGGAGGAAGCGAGAGAGGAGGAGGCGAAUUGGCCGACGAACGAGUCCCUAGAGAACCCACUUGUCUCAAUGGAAUGCUUUAUCUUUUUGUAG